CUCGGCUCAGCUCCGUGAACGCGGGAAGUACGAUGCCGGUUGUGCAUGUAUAACAUAACAUCUAAGUCGUCUGCCAAUUUAGCGCUAGGAAUAAAUGCAGGGUAGACUGCUACACUCGUCCAGAGUCUUAAGGUGUUGACAGCGGUUAUGCCAGUUUUGUCUGUAAAAUCCAAAAGGUUGAAAACUUGCUCUAUUUAUUUUCCUCUAGUUUCCCAAACAAACUGGCUGCUUGCUAGCAAGCUCAUGCCAGUUCAAAUAACGUAAAGGAAGAUGCCCCCGAUUACUCUAAGAGGGAUAACUAUAGAGUUCCCUUUCACUCCUUAUGAAUGCCAGAAGGACUACAUGAACAAGGUCAUUGAAUGUCUGCAAAACAAGGUAAAUGGGAUUCUCGAGAGUCCAACCGGCACAGGCAAGACCCUUUGUCUGCUGUGUGCGACUCUUGCCUGGAGAGACUACUUCAAGGACACCAUUUCGGCUCGGAAGAUCGCAGAAAAAAUGGGCGGAGCCGAACUGUUUCCGGACAGACCCAUGUCGUCUUGGGGGACUGCUGCGACAGACGGAGACACACCCACGUAUUACACCGACAUCCCGAAGAUUAUCUAUGCCUCUCGGACUCAUUCCCAGCUGACCCAGGUUAUCAAUGAGCUGAAGAACACGUCGUACAGGCCCAAAGUGUGUGUGCUGGGCUCCAGGGAGCAGCUCUGCAUCCACCCUGAGGUGAUGAAGCAAGAGAGCAACCAUGUCAAGGUGCACAUGUGUAAAGCGAAGGUGUCGUCACGCUCCUGUGUCUUCUACAACAAUGUUGAAGAAAAGAGCACCGAUAAGGAACUUGCCAACUCCAUCAUGGACGUGGAAGACCUUGUGAAACUGGGCAACAAGCAGAGGUUCUGUCCAUACUAUCUGUCUCGAGCGCUGAAGCAGCAGGCUGACAUCAUAUUCAUGCCCUACAACUACCUCCUGGAUCCCAAGAGCCGCAGAGCACAUAACAUUGAGCUGAAAGGGGCUGUGAUCAUUUUUGAUGAGGCCCACAAUGUGGAAAAGAUGUGCGAGGAAUCCACCUCCUUCGACCUGACGCCCUACGACAUGGCGUCCGCCAUCGACGCGGUGGACAAGCUCUUGGUAGAGCAGGCAAGGGACGCUGGGAAAGAGGGGGUGUCCGAGGACUUCAACGUGGAAUCUCUGAACUCCGGUUUGAAGUUGGACAUUACGGCUAUUGCGAAAAUAAAACAAAUUCUCCUGGACCUCGAGGCUGCUAUCGAUUCCUUUGAUCUUCCUCAUGACAAAGGGAUGACCAAGCCUGGGAGCUUCAUAUUCGAGCUGUUCCAGAGGGUCCAGCUCACCUUCGACACCAAAGCGGCCGUCUUGGAAGCUCUGGAGCAGAUUCUGGGCUAUCUGGCUGGGCGACCCGGCGUCUUCCUGAACACAUCUGGAUUGCAGAAGUUGGCAGACAUCAUUCAGUUGGUGUUCUCCAUAGAACCACCGGAGGGCGUUGCAGGGAAGCGCAUUGAAACAACCACUAAGCAGUUCAAGGUUCAUAUCCACCGGGAUACCAGCCAGCAUCGGAAAAAGCCAAGCACGGACAUAUGGUCUUCAUCAUCCUCAAAGAAACAAGGGAACAUCCUGAGUUACUGGUGCUUCUGCCCCGGGUUCAGCAUGCAGGAGCUGGUCCGCCAGGGCGUGCGAAGCAUCAUCCUGACCAGCGGCACCCUCUCUCCCCUCUCCUCCUUCACCUCCGAAAUGCAGAUACCCUUCCCGGUGUGUCUGGAAAAUCCGCACGUUAUCCAGCGAGACCAGAUCUUUGUCACCGUCAUCGACAAAGGGCCUGACGGUGUGAAGUUGAGCUCAGCCUUUGAUCGAAGGUUUGUUCCUGAAAACAUGGCUUCGCUAGGCAACACUGUCGUAAAUUUGGGACGAGUUGUUCCUCACGGCCUUCUGGUGUUCUUCCCCUCUUACCCUGUGAUGGAUAAGACCGUUGAAUUCUGGCGGGCUAACGGGCACGCCGACCGCAUAGAGAAACUGAAGCCCAUGUUUGUGGAGCCGCGCGGCAAGGGGACCUUCACGGAGGUGAUCGACGGCUAUUAUGGUAAAAUCGAUGAUCCUAAAUCAAAAGGAGGCAGUUUCUUUGCUGUAUGCAGAGGAAAGGCCAGCGAAGGGCUGGACUUCGCUGACACCUAUGGUCGAGGUGUUGUCAUCACGGGCCUGCCGUUCCCGCCCAGAAUGGACCCGCGAGUCAUUCUGAAGAUGCAGUACCUCGACGAAAUGUGUAGAAAAGCUUUGAGUGGAGUCAGGUAUUUGUCAGGGCAAGAAUGGUAUCGACAGCAGGCGUCACGGGCAGUGAACCAAGCCAUUGGCAGGGUGAUCCGACAUCGAGACGAUUACGGAGCGAUUUUUCUGUGUGAUCACAGGUUUAAGAGCACAGAUGCUCGCUCUCAGCUGCCUUCCUGGGUGAAGCCAUACAUCCGUACGGACGAAAACUUUGGAAACGUGGUCCGCGAUGUGGCACAGUUCUUCAAAGUUGCUCAGAAACUGAGACCCCUGCCGGAGAAGAAGGCCCCCACAGCCGGGUCAGAAGCUGGGUCCCCCAGUUACGGGUACCGCCAGUCCUCCCAGACUACCCUUAGCUCCUUCAUGCCCAAGGCCAAAGUCCUCGACUCCCACGUUCCCAGCCUCAAGAGGCGGAGGCUCGAUGACCACUCUUCGGGGGGUGGCACGGCCAGGCUCUGUAUCCAGUAUGAGGCGGAAAUGGACGACAGGAGGAAGCCCACUGGUCUUCUGGACGCUCUGGAGGUCAGCGACCGGAUAACCAGGCGGGAAGACAAGGACCACCUGCCGGGCGAGGAAAAGCAGGCCAGCCGGCUGUCAACCCUCUCCCUGCAGCAUGACAAACGCAUGGAUGACGAAUCGAGGGGAGGGAGGCGCAAAAUCCGAUUGGUCCAGGAGUGGAACAAAGCACUUCCCCCAAGUUCUCAAGAGGAAACCAAGGCAGAAAAGGCCAAAGUGUUUCUUGCGGCAGUGAAGCGGUCACUGAGUCAGGUGAACUUCCAGCAAAUCAUGCAGGCCCUGCAGACCUACAAGAGGGCAGAUGAUCUGGACCAGCUUCUGGCCGUGGUGGUGGAGCUGUUCACGGAAGACGCAAACACGCACGCCCUUCUGAGAGAGUUCUACCAGUUCAUUCGUCCUCAUCACAAGAAGCGGUUUGAUGAGACGUGCCGGGAGCUGACGGGGAUCGGAUGCGGCUACAAGCCAGAGCACUCACUGUCCAAGGAGGAGAAGGAGACUCUACUGCUGCAGAGAGCAAAAGCUGAAAAACCUGUCCCCCUGGCUGCCAGGGAACAGCUGAACACCAGCGCUUUCCUGAACAAAGGAGGCUCCCACCUGUGUGCCCUUGGCCCCAGCCCUGCAAAUGGCGAGCCACCGUCUCAGAAGAUGGACUCAGGCCCAGGCCCAGGCCAACCUAUGCAGAAGACCCAGAUCCAUUCCGCUUUUCUAAACGACGUCAAAAACGCGAUCGGAGCCGAGAAGUCUAAACUGCUGUUUAAGGCGGUUCAAGACUACAAGAAGACAGACAAUUAUGAAAACAUGGUCUCGGAGGUCGUGAGUUUGUUGACCGAGAAGUCGGAAGAUUUCUGUCUACUUAGAACCUUCGCCAUGUUCGUCCGGCCUCAGCACAAGUCGCAGUUCCUUGGCAUGCUGAAGGACCUGGCCGGGGGAGACACGGCCCCGUCCUCCCUGGCUCCAGCAGCGGAGGAUCCACAGGUGUACCUGGAAACUCCAGGUUCCAGUACUGCGUCAGCGCCAGGACAAAGCAAGAUCUCCACCUUCUUCUCUUCCAGUCUGAGGAAUUAGUCGGCUGGGGCCACGUCAUGCCGUCAGAGUUCUCCGCCCAGAAGGAGGUCCUUGGGCUUCUCAAAUCUGCUCCGAUUGUCUCAACAUUUCCAGGACCUCCUGCCUCGGGCGGGAGGGGGGCAAAGCAGCUUUACUUUUAAGUGUGUGGUGGUUAAAUGGCAUCCAUGGGAAUACAUGUUUUGCAAGCCAAGAAAUUGCCUUUUUAAUGAGGUUAGAUGUACACCGCGCCCCCUCCCAUGGCUGGAAGUCUGCAACGGACCACCCAGCCGGUUUUUCUGGCUUACAAACCGUAAUGGAGUAUGGUCCUAUGCUACGCUUUAAGGAGAACCAGGAUUUCAGUUUGAACAAUGAAUUGCUUAAUUUCAUCAUUGUGUGAUGAAUGACUGCAAAUGGGUUGGGGUUCUCUCAGGAAAUUACAAUUUUAAGAUUAUAGUGCGGACUUUUCUUUUUGUAUUUGUUACAACUUGAAAAUAUUAAAAUUGAUAUUAAAAUUAUUUUCUAAAAAGGACAGUUAUCUGCUGCAGAAACAUUGGAUCCCACAUGAACCAAUUCACUUGCCUACGGUAUGUUGACUUGUUAAAACUUGGAGUGGCAUAGUGUUUUCUCAUUCACAUUGAUGAAAUGGUGUGGGACUAAACCGUUUUGACAAGGUCGUGGCAGUUUGUGGAUUUCGCGUUUACUGACAUGUCUGGACAGUUUUGUUUUUAUUUUAAUUUUAAUUUCAUUUUUUCUCUUCCGAAGAUAAUAUGGUCAAAUAAAUAAACCAACAAACAAACUGGGCCCUAAAACGGUUACCAGCCAACAUAAA